CAGACUGGACAGGCACGGGCAGAGGGGCAGUGGUAACAAUCUAAGUCUGCCAGGGACACACUGUAACAGUCACACAGUGAUACAAGCGGUUACAUUUCCUUGUGGACAGACAGACAGACAGACUGCUGCAGCUACUGAAAGACUGGGAUUCACAGUGUAAAAUUCCAGUAUGAUUCCGUUCGGGGGAAUAGCAUCUAAACUCAAGAUCGACCGCCUGAAGGCAUCCGGUGUGGGCUCACAUGAUUGCGCCGUGAAAUACCAGAACCAGGAUUAUGAGAGUCUUAAACAGCAAUGUGUGGAGAGUGGCAUCCUCUUCGAAGAUCCAAAUUUCCCAGCCAUCCCUUCUAUCCUGGGCUUCAAGGAAUUGGGCCCUGGAUCCAGCAAAACUAGAGGCGUGCAAUGGAAGCGGCCGUCAGAAAUUGUUGAUGACCCACAGUUUAUUAUUGGUGGAGCAACCAGAACAGACAUAUGCCAGGGGGCAUUGGGGGACUGUUGGCUCCUUGCUGCCAUUGGCUCCCUGACGCUGAAUGAGGAUUUGCUGCACAGAGUGGUACCGCAUGGGCAGAGCUUCCAGGAGGAUUACGCUGGGAUAUUCCACUUCCAGAUCUGGCAGUUUGGUGAGUGGGUCGAUGUGGUGAUAGAUGACCUUUUGCCGGUAAAGGAUGGGGAGCUGGUAUUUGUGCACUCAGCUGAGUGUACGGAGUUCUGGAGUGCCCUGCUGGAAAAGGCCUAUGCCAAGUUGAAUGGUUCAUAUGAGUCCCUUUCUGGUGGGAGCACCACCGAGGGCUUUGAGGACUUUACCGGAGGAGUUGCAGAAAUGUACGAACUACGCAAAGCACCUCGAGACUUAGAUAAGAUAAUAAAACGGGCAUUGGAGAGAGGGUCCCUUCUCGGAUGUUCAAUAGAUAUAACAAGUGCCUUUGACAUGGAAGCUGUUACAUUUAAGAAGCUUGUGAAGGGACACGCAUACUCUGUCACCGCUCUCAAAGAGGUUAAUUACAUGGGAGAAAUGGAAAAGCUUAUUCGCAUCAGGAAUCCCUGGGGGCAGGUGGAAUGGACUGGAGCCUGGAGUGAUAACUCCUCAGAGUGGAAUGAAGUGGACCCUUCUGAGCAGGAGGACCUGCGGCUAAAGAUGGAGGAUGGAGAGUUCUGGAUGUCUUUCCAAGAAUUCCUGCGCCAGUUUUCACGUCUGGAAAUCUGUAACCUGACCCCGGACACGCUAAAUAAAGAGGGGCUGAGCAAGUGGCACACCACUCUGUACGAUGGCAGUUGGCGCCGGGGAAGCACCGCCGGUGGCUGCAGGAACAACCCAGCCACAUUCUGGAUCAACCCUCAGUUCAAAGUCACUCUGCUGGAGGAGGAUGAUGACCCUGAUGACAAUGAGUUGGCCUGCAGUUUCCUGGUGGCCCUGAUGCAGAAGAACCGACGGAAUGAGCGGAAGGCAGGACAAGACAUGCACACCAUUGGCUUUGCUGUAUAUGAGGUUCCUGAUGAGUUUAAGGGCUGCCAGAAUGUUCAUCUGAAGAAAGAUUUCUUCCUGCGCCACCAAUCCUGUGCCCGCUCUGAAACCUUUAUCAACCUACGUGAAGUCAGCACCAAGAUCCACCUGCCCCCUGGGGAGUACAUCAUUGUUCCCUCGACCUUCGAACCGCACAAGGAGGCAGAUUUUAUCAUGCGAAUAUUCACUGAAAAACAUUCAGAUAUACAGGAGUUGGAUGAGGAGGUGACAGCAGAUCUUCCUGAAGAGGAGGAACUCACAGAAGACGAUGUGGAUGAUUCAUUCAAGGCCAUGUUUCAGCAGCUGGCAGGAGAUGACAUGGAGAUCAGUGUGUUUGAGCUGAAGACCAUCCUGAACAGAGUGGUGGCCAAACACAAAGAUCUGAAGACGGAUGGUUUUGGUAUGGAGGCCUGUAGGCAGAUGGUCAAUCUGUUGGACAAAGAUGGAAGCGGCAAGUUGGGAGUUGUGGAGUUUCAGAUCCUGUGGAACAAAUUCGAAAUGGCUGUCAUGGCCUUGUUACCUGCAUGCAUGGGCCCCGUGGGAAUAAACUACACUCCAUCUUUACAGACUGUUUUUCGAGAACACGACUUAGACAAGUCCGGCACCAUCAGCUCUUAUGAGCUACGGAUUGCCCUGGAAAGUUCAGGGUACAAACUGAAUAACAAGCUCAUUCAGGUUCUGGUCGCUCGUUACGCUGAUUCCGACAUGGGCAUUGAUUUUGAUAACUUCGUGUGCUGUCUAGUGAAGCUGGAGGCCAUGUUCAAGUUCUUCAAGGCAUUGGACGAAGGCGAUGGCACAGCUGAGAUGAAUUUGGGGGAGUGGCUGACGAUGACUAUGAGCGGAUAAUUCUGUUUUGCCUGGAUCUCUCAUUGGACUCUCCCCCUUGCCCUGUGCCAGCGCUUUCUCACUAUCCCAUUUCCUAAAGGGCUUGGAUCACUAGGACUCACCUCUCACUUGCUGACUUCCAAAGUGUGUCCAGGUUACACAUUUCCCAGAGGCCUCUGUGGGGGACAAAUAUGUGCCCUGCUAGAAUUAGAACCAGCCCAAUCAGAUUGCUGCAUACUGACAUGCUGAGAGCUGCUCUUGUAGAUGAUGCCAAGUGGGCAGCUUAUGGCACAAUUUUAAGUACUGUACUCUGGCCGAUAUGCCACAGGAUGUUCUAGAACUUCAGACCUGUAUGGUAACAUUUCGUUAUUAUACAUCAAUACAGCAGGUCUCCCUCUUAUGCUAGAGGAUAUCUAACCCUUACAGGGGUCAUUGGACCUGAACCAGAAGCCUUCAGCAUCGGGUGAUUAAAUGUGUGUUUUUUGGAGUAUAGAAGGCUCAAUACUCCAUGAGAUGUUCUAUCCCCCUAUAAAUGGGGGCUGAAUAGUGCCAGACUGCAUGUGGAAUAAAGAAUGGAAACUGUGA